AUGUCAAGGUGUUUUAGUUUCAUUGCAACACAAGACUCAUGGUACCGAUACUCCUUCAAAAGAUCAGGCCUAAAAUCAUCCACAACCGAUCUAGGAGAUGGCACGAUCAUGCAUUGUUGGAUUCCGAAGACACGCAAUCCAUCAAAACCUACGUUACUAAUAAUCCACGGUUUUGGUGCCAACGCGAUGUGGCAAUUCAACGGUCUUAUCCCUCAUUUCAUCUCCAAAUUCAACGUUUAUGUACCGGAUCUCCUGUUCUUCGGAGAAUCCUACACAACAAGAACCGAAAGGACUGAAGCUUUCCAAGCUCAAUGCGUCAUGGGGCUCAUGGAAGCCCAUAAAGUAACCAAGAUGGACGUGUUUGGGUUGAGUUAUGGCGGGUUCGUGGCGUACAGCAUCGCAGCGCAGUUCAAAGAGCGCGUGGGGCGCGUUGCGCUAGGAUGUGCUGGGCUUUGCUUUGAAGAUGACGACUCGGAAAAUGUAGAGGUGUUUAAAGUGACAACGGUGGAGAAAGCUGCCAGUAUUUUGCUGCCGCAAACACCUGAGAAAGCCAGGGAGUUGGUGCGGCUGUCCUUUUAUAAGCCACCGCCUAGCUUGCCCUCUUGUUUUCUCUGGGACUUCAUUGAGAAGCGUGAGUUCUAUAGACUAGCAUUCUAUUCGUCAAUAUUGCAUGGUUUUCUUCUGCAAGAGCAAAAUGCGCAUCCGGGGAAUCGAACCCCGGUCAGUACCGUGGGAGGGUACUAUGAUACCACUACACUAGAUGCACUGCUUGUUUCUUAG